AUGAAUCGUUUUGGUGAUAUUGAUGCUUCAUUUCAAAAACUUCCACCUGUUUAUGGUUAUCGCAGUGAAAAACUUGUUCCAAUUGAAAAAGCACUUGAACCUAUCGAGUCUCAAAUUGAUGAACUACCUUAUUACAUAAAGAUAGCUCAACGGCACUGUCACUUUCCGUCGGAACAUGGCCUAACACGGGAUCAAUCGGCUGCUAUUUAUAUUUAUACAAUGGAAUGGGGUGAUACUACAUUGUAUCGGGUAUUAAAUAAGGCACUGCGAUCUGAAAAUCGACAAGCAUUAAAGAUAUGGUUUCCAUAUUUAAAAUUAUUUGAUACAGCAUUGGACAAGUUACCUACUGUUAAAGAGGCGGUAUGGAGAGGUGUAUCACUUGAUAUUGGCAAAAACUUCACCAAAAACCAAAUUGUAACGUGGUGGAGUGUUAAUUCAUGUUCAUCAUCAGUCAAUGUUAUUAAAGAUUUUCUUGGCAACAACAAAAAUUCAACGCUUUUUCUUAUUGAAGCUGUCAAUGGAAAAAAAAUUUCUGGAUACACAGAAUAUGAGCAAGAAGAUGAAGUUAUUUUACGAAUGGGCUCACAAUUUCGCGUGAAGAGCGAUCCUUUAGAUCAAUCGAAUGACUCACAUCUUGUACAUUUAAUUGAAAUUGAUGACAACAAUGAUCAACCAUUAGCAUCGGCUAUGAAUGACAUGCAAAUGGCAGCAGUACAGCCAUCAAUUAAAAGUAAAUCGGGUAUGUUGUUUAUAAUUUUUCUCAAUGCAAUAACACUUUGUGUGAUACAUAUGCGCGGAAUAAUCUAA